UGGUCUCUUCCCUCGAGUCGUCCUGCCUCCUCUGAAGUAAAGUCUGGCUGCAGUAGGAGUCGAACUGUCGCCACACUCAGUCGCCCCUGGUCUCCCAGAUGAUGUCUCCGCUCGUUGGCCGCUUGCUGCUGCUCGUCUGCUUGGCUUUACCUCUGUAUGGCGUGGAGAAGGUGAGAAGCAGAGGAUACCGAAAGGAUCCAGACGCUGACAAGUGCACUGGUGGAAAUGAUGCAGAAAAGCCCAACUGCACUAGACACUCUGGAGAAAGAGGAUCUGCUUAUUUGAGCGACACGUUUGGUAGUUGCAUACAGGGGCCAGCAGGCACCACGGGCAGAGAUGGUAACCCGGGGGCCAACGGCAUUCCAGGGACACCGGGAAUCCCUGGACGUGACGGGCUCAAAGGAGAGAAGGGAGAGUGCAUUAGUGAGGUCUUUGAGGAGCCCUGGAGGCCCAACUACAAGCAGUGUGCCUGGAACUCUCUAAAUUACGGGAUUGACCUGGGUAAAGUGGCUGACUGUACGUUCACCAAGCUGCGUUCAGACAGUGCCCUGAGAGUCCUGUUCAGUGGCUCCCUCAGACUUAAGUGUAAGAACGCAUGCUGCCAGAGAUGGUACUUCACUUUCAACGGAGCAGAGUGCACAGGACCCCUGCCCAUAGAGUCAAUCAUCUACUUAGACCAGGGAAGCCCAGAGCUCAACUCAACCAUCAACAUCCACAGGACAUCCUCAGUUGAAGGCCUGUGUGAGGGCGUCAAAGCAGGCUUGGUGGAUGUGGCCGUGUGGGUGGGGACCUGCGCUGACUACCCCAGAGGUGACGCAUCUACAGGCUGGAACUCGGUAUCCAGGAUUAUCAUUGAGGAGCUACCUAAAUAAAUACAUACAAAAAACAGUGCUGGUAGUGUGACCGCAUGUUAUCUGCUCCUCCAAAUUAAAUGAUCAGGUGUGGGUUUUGUUGAGCGGUCACAGCAUCACUGAUGGUAACUUGAAUGUUUUGUUUGUUUUUCCAUUUGUUAGUUUGUUUAAUUUGAUUGUCGUUGGUACUAUAUUAUAUUGCAGGCCUGUAAACAAGAUAACAGCCAUUCUGUCGACCAGAAAUAUACUGUGUACUGUAGCUUUUCUGCUUGUGGGUGCUGUUACAAUUCAGUCACCAAUGAACAGACAUUGUGACAAGCUAUUGACAAUAUUUUAAUUAUGUAUUCUUAUGACCUGUUUAAUGUAUUCCACUUUUACUGUUAAUAAACCAGUCUUUUUUUUUUUUU